GUUAAGUGAUCACUGCGGAACAACUACUGUGAAAGCGAAACCAGAAUAUUUUCGUGGGGAUCACUUCCUAUACGUGGAGGAGUGGUCGGUGAAAAGGUUAACACGAGCCAUCACGGCGGAAUUUUAUGAAGGUCUCUGGACAUAAAUGUGUUGACAAGAUUGGCGUCUACUCAUAAACUUUACACCAAGGAAUCGACAUCUAGUUAUAGCACCUUUAGGUCCUCUACGCAUGUAUAGUUGUAUUCAAACAAAUUUGGAAGUACUGGUGAAGGCCCAUAAAGGUUACUCAGUAGCUAUAUCCAAUAUUACACAUGCUUCUAAACAUGUAUCAGCUUUUGACAUAAGUAUAUAAUGGGGAACUUUUGUUGUGGAAGUCCUUCUCACCAGAAUGAAGAAAAACCUGAAUUGCAAAAUGAGCGGGAAGCUUUAUUAGGUUCGUGCAGCACAUGUGUUCUUAAUGAACAGACAUCAGCAGAGAACUCUGUUUCCAGCUGGAAUACAACCAAUCUGCAAAAUAAAACUAGCAGUGCAGAUACUUACAAUAAUGGUGAAAUUGCAACAAAGAGAAUUUUCUCCCAGAGUGCUGGUGAAAGCAGACACAACAGCAGCAUCCAAGAAGCACCUGGACGAAUAUAUGAAGAGGAAAGGAAUAGUGGGAGACAAAACCUUUUCUCCCCACAGUCUUCAGUUGCAGUUAAAGCAGAUCUUGAAAGUGAAGAAUAUGGCAUCAACAUACAACAAUUAAAAAACAGUUACCAGGAACAAGCUUGUGCAGUACAGAGAAGUAUUGUAGCUUCAGAACUAAAUACGCCAUCUGUACUCGGUAGAACUGAAACACUGCAAAAUGUAAAUUUCUCUUUGCGACCUUCAGCUGAGACUGGGCCCAACUUGGAAUUUGUACAGGAUGAGAAGUAUGACUCUCUGCACAAUGCGCAGCAGAUAGAAAGUGAAAGUAAUCUUCAGACGCUUGCAGGCAAAGUUCAGGAUAUCAAUGUUACACAAGAACUCAAACCAGCGCUUACUCUGAAUGGUAUUACAAGUGCAGAAGAUCACCAUAUUGAUUCUAAUUUUUGGGAAGGAAUAAGCACUUCUGAGAAACCUGAAAGAGAGGAGAAAUGUAAUGACAUUGAGGCAAUGCUGAAGACUGUGCAAGAUGAUGAAAACAACGAGCUGGUUGAUACUGUGUCACAAAAAUGUCAGAACAACGUGCAUACACAAUCUGUAGGUGGACCAUGCACCUCUAUUAAGGGCAAUUCCAUGAGCACUGCAAAAAGACCAAGACUUUCUCAAGACAGCAACUGCAGUGAUAGUGGUCUCCAAGAGGAGCAUGAGCAGGCAGAGGCGGUCUUGCAUGAAGGUGAAGAGAGAGCCAAGACAUUUGAAAAUAAACAAUCUGAUUGCGGAAUAGAGGAAGUGAAGAAUUGCCAAGCAAGUGAAGAGCUCAUUCAUUCAAAUGUGCAAAUUACUGAGUUGGUGUCAGAUAUACCAGACCUAAAAGAUGAUCUCUCCAGCGAUGAAAGAAGUCUUUGGGAAGGUGGUGUUGCUAAAGAAACUGCUGAAAAUAAGAAGAUCUCCGAUCAAGAAUGCCUUGAUGGGGAGGAAGACUUGUACCGGGACGAAGCUGAGAUAGAAAAGGAAAAAAAUCAAAGAUUGAUCUCUGAAAGCCAACCAGCAGCUGCAACAGAAAGGUCCACUGUUGAACCUGGUGUAGAUGUUCUGGAAUAUUGUGCCAGGGAAUGGAAGGGAAACACAGCAAAAGCACAACUAAUGAAAGAGGCGUAUGAAGCUGUAUGUCAAACUUUCAGCUCUGUAAGAAGAGUACGAGGUGAUAAUUAUUGUGCUUUAAGAGCUACAUUGUUUCAAGUAUUGAGUAAUGUUAAACUUCUUCCCUGCCUGCAACAAGAUGACCUCAUCCAGCUUCCAGAGAAGCUGAUUGAGUCAGACUACAUCUGGAUUAAGCAGUGGAAUUUUGGAGAUCAAGACUCUGGGAGCGAAAACCCUGUGAAGAAACUGACAGAAUAUUUGACAGUACUGAAACAAAAGUGGAUACAGAUAUGUGAAAUAGACUCUGUGAAAGAGCGACAGGCUGUCUGUGAAGAGGUAUUCAGAAAUAACCAGGAAGAGUACAGGUUGUAUGAAGCUAUGAAAAUUCUCAUGUUGGCCAAGGCUAUUGAACUCGACAAUGUAAAAGUGCAAGAAAAGGAAAUCCCUCUCUUCUGUUGGCUGCUAUUUGCUCGUGAUACUUCUACUGACCCUUAUCAGUUCAUGAAAAAUCAUUUGAAUCAUGUUGGUUUCACUGGUGGACUGGAUCAAGUUGAAAUGUUUCUUCUGGGAUACUCCCUACAACUAACUAUCCGAGUUUUCAGGCUAUACAAAUUUGGAACUGAUGAGUUUGUCACUUUCUAUCCUGAUGAUCAUAAAGAGGACUGGCCAAUGGUUACACUAAUAACUGAGGAUGACAGACAUUAUAAUGUACCUGUGGAAGGUGCUCAAGUGACACAUAUAUAAGAUGAAUUUCACUGCACUAUGUUAUUCCUUAAUCUAGAAAUAACUUGUUACACUUUUCAGUUGACCUGAGCUUGCUGCUUUUUAACCUCUUAAUAGUAGGAGGAGAAACUGCAGUAGAACAUGCAUAAACUGGAAAAUGUAUGGCUCAAAGUUUAAGAAAUAAGCCUCUGUAAGUAAGUGGGGAUUAGCUGUCUGAACCUAUCAGCCGGAGGAGCAAGCCAAAUAAAUUUAAAAUGGUGAUUUGUUGUUAUGCACUUUUUGUUUUCCAUUUUCCAUUUUGUCAGAUGAUUAACUAAAUCUAUGCAGAAGUCAGAAACUGCCUUUUUAAAGUGUUUCUUGGGUAUGGUGUAAAUAAACAUCAGUGAUCAAAUACAA